GGAGUGUUUAGGGAAAAACAGAGUACGGAGCGAGAGAGGGGGAAGCGUCUGGUCGUUUUCUUCUUCCUUCCUUCCCUCCUUUUUUCCUGCGACGCUCGUUUUCAUUCCACCUCAGAGGAAGAAAGAGAGAGAGGGACGAGUGAGGUAGAGGGAGAGUUAGAGGGAGAGGUUUAGGAGUUUGGACGAUGCAACUCUCUCAGAAACUCUGAGUGCAACGCUCGAAAUGCUGCAGCCUCGACUCUGCUGUUUUCUGUCGUCUGUCCUCAUCGUCUUCAUCUCCCCUCUGCCAGCUGAUGGACAGACAGUCUCAGGAGGAGGAGGAGGAGGAGGAAGAGGAGGGGUGGAGACGGUCCAGGUGAUGUUCACGCCCACCAUCUGCAAGGUGCGCUGCAGUCAGGACAGAUGUGUCAACUACUGUGAGCGAGGAAACGUGACCACACUGUACAGCAGUGGGGGGGGAGGAGGAGGAGGAGGAAGGAGAGACAGCUCCCAUGGACCAGGCUUCAGAGUCUUCGUCUGUCCUCUGCUCUGUAAGAACGGAGGCGUCUGCCUGCAGAUGGAUCGCUGUCUCUGCCCGCCAAACUUCACCGGGAAGUUCUGCCAGAUCCCCGUUGCCCCCACCGCUGCAUCUGCAUCUGCAUCGCCCUCCUCCACCUCCACCAAUGAGAUCGUCAAGCCUGCACUGCUGACCCAGUCUGAGUUCCUGCUGCCUCUGGGACAGAACCAGGAGACUGGGAGGUCUGGGGCUCCAGCUCCCAGCCCAUCCAUGGUGAAGGUCAGGGUGCAGCACCCCCCUGAGGCCAGCGUGAAGAUCCACCAGGUGCUGAAGGUGUCUGGAUAUAAUCCAGCCCUUGAAGCACUCUCCUCCUCCUCCUCAGGUUCGGCAGGGGCUCCGGCUCCUGCUCCAGCAGGUGGGCCGGUCCAGGCCCAGACAGUGAGAGGGGGCGGCACGUUCACCCAGCAGUCCGGCUUCAAGUACUGCUUCAGAGAGGUCAAAGACGGACAGUGCAGCUCUCCUCUGCCUGGUCUGAGAAACAAGGAAAUGUGCUGCAGAGGGCUUGGGAAGGCCUGGGGCAUCACCGACUGUGUCCUCUGUCCUGAUAAUACAGGUCCAAACAGCAGCUGUCCUGUUGGUUUUGAGCGAGGCAAUGGAACGCAGUGUGUCGAUGUGAAUGAGUGCCUCCAACCGGGGCUGUGUGAGAACGGGAUCUGUGUGAACACAAGGGGGAGCUAUAGCUGUGUGUGUAGGGCGGGUUACAUCCUUGAUGCCUCACAUGGAAUCUGCAUCUCCCAGAGUGUGAUCUCAGAUGAGAAGGGUCAGUGUCACCGGGUUCUGGGUUCAGGUCAGGGUCCGUCCUCCUGCUCCCUGCCCAUCCUCAGGAACAUUACCAAGCAGAUCUGCUGCUGCAGCCGAGUGGGAAAAGCCUGGGGCCCCAACUGCCAGAGAUGUCCCUACUUUGGUUCAGUGGCAUUUAAGGAGAUCUGUCCAGCCGGUCCUGGUUUCCACUACUCUGCUUCAGCACUGCAAUUCACCCAGAGAGCCGCUGAGCAGCUGGGCAGCCGAGGAGCUCUGCUGGUAACACACAGCAACCAGGAUCACCAGGGUCCUGGUUCUGGGUCCAGCAGCAGCGGAGCCUCCAGGACCCAGGAGAAACCCUCUACCUCUGGAGCAACAGCUGGUGGAGGAAGUUCUGCUUCAGGUGUCGGAUCCAGUGCUGCAUCAGGUGGUAGCAGCAGAACCCAGUUCAGACCUAGUCGGCCUCAGCCUCCUCCUCAGCCUCCGCCUCCGCCUCAACCCAAGCCCCUGCCUCAGCCUCAGCCCCGCCCAGUCGACUCUCCCUCCUUCAGGCCUGUGCAGCCUGGCAGUACCAGCAUCACGUCCACCCAGGACAAACCCCAGACUCCAGGCAGACCCACCACCCAGCAGAAUCGUCCAGAUUCUGCCCCCUCAAUCACAACCCAACCAAGACCACAGCCUCCAACCACUGGGAGUCAAGCAGGCGGGCAGCCCCCCUACGUGUCGUGGCCCGAUCAGCCAGCAGGUAGAGGGGACUCCCUCCCCGCUCCGGCCCAGCCAGAGAGCCCCGUCCAGAAGGUGCGAGGUGUGUGUGAGAGCAGACCUGGUGUGUGUGGCCGUGGCCGCUGUGUGGAUCAGCCAGGAGGGAAACACACGUGUGUGUGUGAUCAGGGAUACCAGCCCAACUCUCAGCGCACGUACUGCCAAGAUUUGAAUGAGUGUGUGCAGUCUCCAGGUGUGUGUGCAGUGGGAGAGUGUGUGAACACCAUUGGAAGCUACAGGUGUGUGUGUCCGUUCGGAUACAGGAGCAGCAGCCAGCAAACCAGCUGUCAAGACAUCGACGAGUGUCUGCAGAAUCCCUGCAGCAACGCUCGCUGUGAUAACACACCGGGCAGCUACAGGUGUGUCUGUCGCCUUGGUUACAGGCUCACCGGCAACACCUGCACAGAUGUAGACGAGUGUGAGGACGCUCUGCAGUGUCCGGGUCAGGAGUGCAUCAACAGUCCGGGCUCGUACCGCUGCGUGUCCUGCCAGCCCGGCUUCGGCCUGCUCAACAGGCUCUGCACAGACAUCGACGAGUGUCGCCAGGCUCCCUGCUCCAACGGUCGCUGUGAAAACACACCUGGAAGCUUCCAGUGUGUCUGCCGCUACGGCUUCAAGCUCCAGAACAACACCUGCACAGAUGUGGACGAGUGUGCGGAGCCGUCUCAGUGUCCCGGACAGAAAUGUGUGAACACUGUGGGAUCAUACCGCUGUGUGUCCUGUCAACCCGGAUACACACUCAUCAACAGACAGUGUGAAGACAUAGAUGAGUGUGAGGACAGAAAGUCAUGUCCUGGUCAGCGGUGUGUGAACACUGUAGGAUCUUACAGAUGUGUGAACUGUCAGCCAGGAUAUGAAAGUGUGAACGGACUGUGCACAGAUGUGGAUGAGUGUGUACUGGAUUCUCAGUGUCCUGGUCAACAGUGCGUGAACACUGUGGGAUCGUUCCGCUGUGUGCCCUGUGAGCCUGGAUACAGCAGAAAGGAUCGCUCCUGCCAAGAUAUAGAUGAGUGUGCGAGCUCCGGGGCGUGCGAGGCAGAGCGUGUGUGUGUCAACACCAUUGGCUCGUUCAGGUGUGACUGUGCGCCCGGGUAUCGAACCUCUGGUCUUGGGAGACAGUGCCGAGACAUCAACGAGUGUUUGGAGGGAGAUUUCUGUUUCUCCAGAGGAGAGUGUGUGAACACACUGGGGUCCUACACGUGUGUGUGUUCUCAGGGAUUCACGCUGAGUGACAAUAGAACCACCUGCAUUGACGUGGACGAGUGUGUGAGGUCAGGUGUGUGUCCUGACGGCCGCUGUGUGAACACAGAGGGCUCCUUCCACUGCAAGUGUCAAACCGGCUUCACCACCAACCCCGAGAGGACGGCCUGCCUCGAUGUGGAUGAGUGUGUCUCGUCCGGCGGCGCCGUGUGCGUGUCACAGCGAUGUGAGAACACAAUUGGUUCGUACCGCUGCGUCACUUCCUGUGAGCCGGGCUACCAGGUCACUCCGACGGGCCGCUGCGUCGAUGUAAAUGAAUGUGCCAAUAAGACGGUGUGUGGACAGCACGCCUACUGUCAGAACCUGAUCGGAACCUACCUGUGUGUGUGUGACCAGGGCUUCACCUCCACCCCCGACGGGAAGGCCUGCGUGGAUGAAGAUGAGUGUGUGUCUCUGCCUGGUGUGUGUGGUCCUGCUCGCUGUGAGAACGUGGAGGGUUCCUUCAUGUGUGAAUGUGACCAACCGGGAGAAGAGUUUGACACCGCCACCAGGCAGUGUGUCAACACGGCACCACGAGCAGAGAUAGUCCCUGUGUACCCAUCCACCUCCUCCUCCGUCCAUGUCAGUAUGGUGGACUUGGCUCCGGUGCUGCCCCCCCUGCCUGCAGCUCGUCCAGGUGAGCUGAGGGAGUGUUACUACAACCUGGCUGAGCGGGGGACCUGCAGCCUGCUGGCCACCAACACCAGCCAGCAGGAGUGCUGCUGCACGGUGGGGGAGGGCUGGGGGCUGGGCUGCCAGUACCACACCUGCCCCUCCACAGACACAGCCGAGUUUCUGUCUCUGUGUCCCAGUGGCAGAGGAUACGUGAACCCCGGGCCUGGAGCCUUCAGCUACAGAGAUGUGGAUGAGUGUAAGCGUUUCCAUCCAGAGGUGUGUAAGAACGGAGUGUGUGUCAACAACAUCCCCGGAUACAACUGCUACUGCACCAGCGGAUACGUUUACAACAACACGCUGCUGGAGUGUGUCGAUCAUGAUGAGUGUGAGGAGGAGAGUUGUGUAGGAGGAGUUUGUGUCAACACGGUGGGUUCGUAUUACUGCAGCUGUCCGCCUCCUCUGGUGCUCGACGAAACACAACGUAACUGUGUCAACUCUUCCCACCUCACUGUGGAUGAGAACCUGUCUCUGUGCUGGCAGCAUGUCACAGCAGACCUGGUAUGUCAGAGUCCUCUGCUGGGAGCUCAGGUCACCUUCAUGGACUGCUGCUGUCAGUACGGGGAGGGCUGGGGGAUGGAGUGCGCCCUCUGCCCCUCCGCAGACUCCGACGACUACGCCACUCUGUGCAGCUCCUUUCUUCCUCCUCUGUUUCCGGACAGUUAUCCAGAAACCGGAAGAGAAACAGGAGGGAGAUCAGGACCUGGACGAGGACAAGGAGGAAUCUCUCCUCCAUACUUCCGUCCCUACAGCCCGGACUCUUUCCCUCCAGCUGUGCUCCCUGACUAUGACGACUACUCUCCAGCAGGGGGCAGCAGGUCCAGCUUCAGAGGCAGAACCCCCGCCACCUAUGGCCUGCCAGAUGGAUCCUACCACAGACCAGAGUACAGCACUGGUUACUACACGGAGGGAGACUACGGCCCCCCUGAUGGCUCCGUGCUCAGGCCUCCAUCCUUCCGCCUCCCUGCAGACCCCCGGGGGGAGAGGGCGUUUGGGGCCCGGCCUCCUCCUCCGUCCCGACCCGACGGUCCUCCUCUCAGCCUGGCCCCGCUGCCAGGCGCCUCCUAUGAGGUGGAGCAACAGGAGGAGGAGGAGGAGGUGGCAUGGAGGCCGGGCCCACCCUUCCCUCCCUUCACAGACAGGAGCAGAGGAGCAGGAGCAGGAGGAGGAGCAGCAGCACCAAGGAGAGUGUAUGAGAGGCGCUACGAGUCAUACGCCGGCCUGAGCACAGCGGAGGACUGUGGCAUCCUGCACGGCUGUGAGAACGGCAGGUGUAUCCGCAUCGCAGAGGGCUACACCUGUGACUGUUACCAGGGAUACGAACUGGACAUGACCACCAUGACAUGUAUAGACAUAAAUGAGUGUGAGAGCGGCGUGAGCGUGGACUUCCCGUGUGUGAACGCUCGCUGUGUGAACACCGACGGCUCGUUCCGCUGCGUCUGCAGGAGAGGAUAUGUCAUGUCCCGCAGAAUCAAUCACUGUGUGGCUGCGUAGACCGGACCGGACCGGAUUGGACUCGAUUAGACCAGUAUAAAUGGGCUAGAUGAUCGAGACUGGACUACACAACCGCAGACUGGCCUGGACUGGAUUAGACUAAACUGGCUUAGUCUUUACAAUCAGACCUGAUUUGACAAACUAGACUUGGCCAACAGAGAUGAACUGGGCUUAAAUACUCUAGGUUGCACUAAACUGGGAAAGGCCAGACUAGGCACCAGUUACACCAAGUCACUCUCGAUUAAAGUCCGACUUUAGAACCGUUUUUAGUUACAAUUUCUCCACGUUAUAGCAAAGACAACUUCAUUUUUGUGUUUACAUGUAACAGGGGACCUUGACAUUGUCCUGUAGUCUGGGAGGGGGCACUACAUUUAUGGAUAUUUUCUGUUUUAAAAAAAAAAGCUUUGGAUUGGGACCAGGAUGAGCUGAUAUUAUUAUAAAGUGACUGUUCACAUAAUUUCCAGGUGCAAAUAUGAAUUCUCCUUGUUGGAAAUAUAAUGAUAUAAAAGCUAUUUUUUCUAUUAUUCAAAACCACAUAAAACCGUUUUGGGGCAUAUUUGUAGAGACAACAUUGAAGUGUUAAACCAUCCAACUAGAAUUAACAAGAAACAAAAAACCAACAGAUUUAAGUAUAAAUAUCAUGUUUUUUUAUGCAUUAAAUAUUUGUAAUUCUUCUUCUCAAAUGAUUGAAAAUUGGGUUUCUUUUUGUUCUAGGACCCAAAAGAAAUAUCUAAAACCCUAAAAACGACAUCCACUUCCUCACAAAACAACAACAACAACAACAAAAAAACUGGCCACAUAGCAGCUUAUAAUGAUCCAUAUCCAGAAUUAUUGUUUGGCUGCGAUCUCCUGAAGUCUUAACGAUGGAAGUACUUAUAUUGCAUAAACACACAUAUACACACACGCACACACACAGGACUUGCACCAAUAUCAGACAGGAUUAACAUAAAAUAAAAAUAAAACUGUUCCCCUACAUUGUUCACAGUCGCCUCUCAGGUAAAGCCUACUAAUUCUGUUUAGAGUUUAAUGAAUAGUCAAAUAAAUAAUAAUAAAUAGUAAUUUAUGUAUUUUUGGGAGGCAAACAACUAAUUUUGCUGUUCAGGUAUGAGAAUUGAAAUUAUAUAUACACAGUCAUUUUAAUACUCCAUCAGUUGAUUCUGGUCCCAGUGUGAAAGGUCGAUCUGACUGCAACUUUUAGUCUCACAGGAAAUUAUUAACAUGUACAAAGAUGUUUAAAGCGACAGUGUCGGCCCAGUUUAAACCAGUCCAGCCCAGUUCAGCAGCAGUGGUUGAAACCAGACUAACUGUGAUUAGCCUCCGCUGGAACCAAGCUGUGCCAAAGUUCCCAUUCAUGUUUCUGAUGAUCCGGAGGUUGUAUCUAAAAGUCUGGUUGGUUGUUUUCAGCCAGAAGAGAGGGGAAAAAAGUGUCUUGAGACAUGUGAAGUUGUGCAGUAGAAGAAGAAGAAAACAGUGUGUGUUUGUUUUUUAUUUUUAGGGAACUAACCAGAGAAACACUGAGCUCAGAUCAGCUUAAAAACUACUUCUUAACUGCGGAGAAGAGUAAACAACAUAACAUAUACAUAUAAACGCCAGGUUCACUACAGUCUGUUUAAUAAAACAAAGAUUUGAAGGGCUUCAUCUGUAGACAUAAAAUAAUUAGCUCCCUGGCUAAUAAAGCAGCUGGGGAGUGUUCGAUCGGUGUGGAGACUGAAGAGUUUAAUUCAGCUGAGAAUAUAUUUACUCACAACUUCUGUUGGUUGAAAAAAUAUGAAUUAACUUGAUCACAUUUUGAUUUAAAUUAAUAUUUUGCUUUAAAAGAGUCGAGUUUAAAGAUAAUUGGUGUGGAAAAUAUCAGAAAGCCAUCAUCAAAUUAUGUUUUUGCAUUUUUAUUUUUUCUCUAAACGAUAUCCUGAAUGUAAAAAUACAAAACCCAAAACCAGGAAGAUUUCAGCUCUGUUUUAUUAAUAAUGAAUAAAUUGAGAUUGAGAUAUUUUGACUCGUUACAGAUGUGGAUAAUAAAACAUGUGGCUUGUUCCAUCUUCCAGAGAGAAACUUGUUUUCAUCAGUUUUUGUGUCACUCUGCUACAGUUUGUACAUUUAUAUACCCUGAGAGGAUUUUAUAAUCAACAGCACAUUAAUUAAUAAUAAAUAAUACAAUGAUUUCUCUUCACGAAACCAAAUUGAGCAAACAGUGAUGAAUGUUUGGGAUAAAUCUGGUGAUUUUCUAUAUUUUUCUCCUUGUCAACAGAUCCAAAAUCGUUUGUUACCAACAAGUAUUUUACACAUUUUUUUCCUCUGUGCCAUCGAGCUCCAUUAUUGUCCAAAGAACGAUUAAAAACACACCUGUGAGCCUCACUGCAGUUUUUUUAGACUCAGUUCCACACACACCGUCCUGCUGCCACAAAUACUCACUAAAACAUCAAAUGUCGAUUUAUCCGCUGCUGAAAAUAGUCCCCCAACAAAUGCAACAUUUCCUCCUGUUUGUUUGAUAAAAACUACAACUACAGAACAUAAAACUGCAUCUUUUCAGUCUUCAGUGGGUUGCUUUUGAACUUCAGGUUCUUUGACAAGAAAAAAAUAGAGAAUAAGUGUGAUUUCCACAUUUGAUUGACGUUUUUUUUUAAUGUGUUGAUGAAUUUCUGACAUGUCUGUACUUUUAUACUUGUUGGCAGAUGCAGCUUCCACUCCUGAAUGUACUGCGAGCUGCAUUCAGUCAUGUUUAACUCACAUUCCUCCACAAUAACCCUGUUAUAUUGUUACCAAAUGAACUGAGCUGUUGCAGCCUGUAAGAGAGUGUUUGUUAUGUUUUUAUUAUUAACUUUCUGAUAGUUAACAUGAUGAACGUGAUGAACUUUCACCUAAAGUUUGAUGUAUAACAUGCACUGUACCUACCAGAGACCAGCCUUUUGUCUUCACACAGGAUAUUUUGUACAAUGUUUAAAAUUUCAGUCUCUGGUAAAAAAAUGUUUUAAAAUUGUUCAUUUUUAUGGUUAAUGAUUCACUUUUUUUAUCAUUGUUGUUUGUAUGACAAGAAAUGAAAAUAUAUUUGCACACACUUUUAUUGAAACCUGUCUGUGUUGUUAUUUGUCUGGUGUGUACUGCUUAACUGCAGUAAAACUAAGACCACACGGUGAAAAUACUCCACUAAACUACUUAAGUAAAAGUAUGAUCGUAUUAUCAGCAAAAUGUAGUUAAAGUAAAAGUAUCUAUGAUGCAGUAAAAAGUGUUUUCCUUUUAAACCUGAUGUUUUUGUAUUAGUAUUCCUGCUGCAUUAAUAGUUAUGUUACAUUUUCCUGCAGUAGAUGUUUCAGGUUCAUUUUACCUCCUUUAUAUCCUGUUGGCUACUUUAAUCUGCAGUGAUGCAUCAUAUUCUAUAAAAAAUAUCCAAUGUUUGUAGCGUGUCUGUCCUGGUAGAACCUUGUAUCUCUAAACAGUCAGAAAAACAUCUGUUUUCAGCUUUGUGACGAGAACAUUCCCAGCUAAUCCAAGAGGUUUUUUUUUUACUUACUGUCCUAAAAAAUAUAUAAUUAAAGACAAAAAAAGAA